CUUAGCUGAAAGAGAAGAGUUGGCGAGCCCGGCUCCAGCCGAUCAAGACUCUUGCAGGCAAAGUCCGCUUAACCAACAAAGACAGGACACCUUAAAACAAAGAAAUACCCCCCAAAGGUCUGCUAAGAAACGGAGAAACGCAGGCUGGAGAGAAAUGUAAAGAUCUUUAGCUGUCGCAGUGUUGGAGCAGUCGGCAGUAACCGGGAAAGAUGGCGUGGACACGGGCUCGCAUGUUCCUCGCCUUGGUUUUGCUUGGAAUUUUCUUCCUCGGUGUCUCGGUGGAGGGAGAGCCGCAGGGAGAUCCACAGGAGGAGGAGGAGAGGUCCUGCCAGGGCGCAUUUGACCUCUACUUUGUUCUGGACAAAUCUGGGAGUGUGAAGAAUCACUGGAAAGAGAUUUACUUCUUUGUGAGGCAGCUGGCUGAAAAGUUUAUUAGCCCUAUGCUGAGAAUGUCCUUUAUAGUCUUCUCCACACGAGGAAACAUCAUCAUGAGACUGACUGAGAACAGGGACGCCAUAACCGAAGGCUUAAGGGCUCUGGACAGCGUUAUCCCUGGAGGAGACACGUAUAUGAAUUUAGGAUUGGAGAUGGCCAAUGCACAGAUAUAUCAAGAGAACCACGGGACCGCCAGUGUGAUCAUCGCUCUGACUGAUGGAGAGCUGAAUGAGUGGCAGUUUGACACAGCGCAGCGAGAGGCACAGAGGGCUAGAUCUUUGGGAGCCAUCGUUUAUUGUGUAGGGGUUAAAGAGUUCAACCAAACCCAGCUUGCGACUAUUGCAGACAGUGUGGACCAUGUAUUUCCUGUAUGGGGAGGUUUUCAGGCCCUCAGGGGAAUCAUUGACUCGAUCAUCAAGAAGUCUUGUAUUGAGAUUUUGGCAGCUGAGCCGUCCAGUGUGUGUGCGGGAGAGCGUUUCCAGGUGGUUGUUAAAGGCAAUGGGUUUCUCCAUGCUAGAAACACCAACCAGGUCCUCUGCAGCUUCAAACUGAAUGAAACACACACUGUGGACGAAAGACCAGCUGGGAUAGAAGAUACGUUCCUGCUGUGUCCUGCUCCCGUUGUAGAGGAGCCGGGGAGGGUGAUCUUUCUGCAGGUGAGCAUGAAUGAGGGACUUUCCUACAUCACCAGCUCUGUACAUAUCACAACCACUGAAUGUUUUGACGGCACCAUCGUGUUGGUAUCGCUGCUGGUCGUGUUCCUGUUGUUGGCUCUGCUGCUCAUGUGGUGGUUUUGGCCGCUCUGCUGCACGGUGGUGAUCAAAGAACCUCCACCACCUCCCCCUCCAGAGCCAGACUCGGAUGACGAUGAUGGGAUGCCAAAAAAGAGGUGGCCCACAGUGGAUGCUUCAUACUAUGGAGGAAGAGGAGUGGGCGGCAUCAAACGGAUGGAGGUGCGAUGGGGGGAGAAAGGAUCAACUGAGGAAGGUGCUAAGCUGGACAAGCCUAAAAAUGCUAUCGUAAAGAUGCCAGACCAGGAGUUUGAACCUUACGAGCCCAAACCUCGAAAACCUCACCGCCGUUCGCCGCAGCAGAAAAAGUGGUACUCACCUAUCCAGGGGAAGCUAGAUGCUCUGUGGGCUCUGUUCAGGAGAGGUUAUGACCAGGUAUCCCUGAUGAGACCCCAGCCUGGGGACCAGGGCCGAUGCAUUAGUUUCCAGCGGGUCGGGGACGGGGAGCCCGCCUACAACCGCCCGGCCCCUGCUCAUGUGCCUCACUCCCCGUCCCCUCCUCCCCCUCCUCCCCCGUCUCCCCCGCCAGCUGAAGAGCAACCUCUGGUCUGCAACUCCGUCCCCCGCACCAAGCCUCCGUCCAGAGGGCCCCGCACCGCACCGCCCUCCACCGCAAAACCUCCCUCCCGCGCGCCGCCUUCCAUGGUCCGACCCCCUCCGGGUCCACCCCCGAACCGUGCUCCCCCGGGGCCCCCGGGACCCCCACCGUCUCGUCCCCCGCCCAGGCUGUAAUGACGAGUAGAGGGGAUGCAAUACACAUAAUGAUUUGAUUUCAGUGCUAAGACUCGGGCAUCGGAAACAUCUUCCAGGCCAGGAGGCCUGACUGGGAGCUCUGUGCCUUGUUGCUGGACAGCAAAAAGUAUUUAUCUGCUAAUAAUGAUAAUCCUCAACAGAGUUUGGUUGAGGUCGGCACUCUUAAAUAAGACACAUAAACAUAACCAUGUAUUUACUUGAUCAGGACUGUGUGAAUAGGGUUGCCACCCGUCCCGUAAAAUACGGAAUUGUCCUUUAUUUGAGAAAAAAAUGUUGCGUCCCUUAUUGAACUAAUACGGGACACGAUUUGUCCCGUAUUUUCAUUAAUUUUUACACCAUAUUCUAGUUGAAUUAUUGAAAUAAAUUAACUUUUACACCUUAUUCUAGUUGAAUUAUUGAAAUAAAUUAACUUUUACACCUUAUUCUAGUUGAAUUAUUGAAAUAAAUUAACUUUUACACGAUAUUCUAGUUGAAUUAUUGAGAUAAGUUAACUUUUACACCAUAUUCUAGUUGAAUUAUUGAAAUAAAUUAACUUUUACACCAU